AUGAGUGGUCAUGGCUCUCCCCCCGGAGAUCCGGGAGGAACAUUAAAUUAUUACAGGCAGGCAGUGAACGAUUUAAUUAUUAGAUCUCCUAGUACUCAAGAAGCGGUAAAAAGCCUAGUUAACUUAUCCCAACUUAAUAAUAUCCCAUCCAUUUUGGAUAGAGAAUUUUUAUCCCAACUUGACUGUAAUGACGAUUUUAAGAAUGAAAUAAAUGAGGUAGUUAAUAGAGGGUUUUGGAUCUCAGAAAAAGGGGAUCGAAUUGAUUUAGACAAUAAAAUUAACAUUCAUUCUAAUAUUCUAGUAAAAUCUCCACAAAAAAUGGAGCUCGACGCUUCAAAAAACAUCAACAAAAAAUAUGACCAUGAAAUUAUUUUAUAUUCCGUUUACGAUACAGGUCCUUUUAUAAUUAAUAUUGAAUCAGCUGAUAAUACAUUUUUGCAUUAUCAAAGAGUAGGUAAGUUAUUAGCACAAAAUAAUAACAACUACGAAAUCAUUAGAGUGACUAAGAGGGGUAGAAAUAGAAUGGCAGUUUAUUUUAAAAAUAUGACCAAAGCCAAUGAAUUUUUGGGUAAUGAGGAAUUUCUUAAACAAUAUAAUUUUAAAGCUUACAUUCCUAGGCAUCUAGUAACAUCUAAAGCAAUAGUUAGAGGAAUAGAUCCAGAAUUUACAGAAGCAGACAUUCUUAAAAAUAUAAAAUCUUUGGGAAAAAUCACAAAAAUUAUAAAUGUAAGAAGGAUUAAGAGGAAAUCGAAGGAAAAUAAAGAGCUUGUGAAUACUUCAAUGAUCGUUUUGACUUGCAGAGUUGGAAAAAAUUUUUGGUACAAUUCAGUA